AUUUUAUCUGUUGCGCCACGGUCACUCUGAAAAGCGAUAAUAAUUUUUGGCCGAUAUUGGAUAAUAUAAAUAAAGAGCAGCGCCAAGGAAACCGCGAUCGAGAUUAGCAGCUGGACAGGAACAGGAAGUGGGCCAGCCGGAGCAGCGCAACCGCCGCCCAAGCACACAAACACACACACACACACGGAGAACACUUCACCAUGUCAACACACACGCAGAUGAGGCCGCUCCUGCGGCUACUCAUCCUGAUCUUCCUGCUCACCCUGGGCGCCCACGGCGAGAAGGUGCUGCAGGAGGGCUACCUGGGGCGCCAGGAGCCGCAUCAUGUCCAGGACCUGGGUCAACUGCUGCGCGACCUUCGGCUCGUGCCAUCCCGCCUAGACUUUGGAACGUGGUCCGUGGGUCAGGCGCGCUCCCAGACGGUGACGCUGUUCAAUCAGCACGCCAACCGAACGCUCCAGCUGAACGCGGUGGCCGGGCCAAGUCCGGCCUUCUACAGCAGCUUCCUGGGCACCCGGGAGGUGCCCCCUCAGGGCAACACCACCUUCAGUGUGGUAUUCCUGCCGCGGAAACUGGGCGCCAUGGCCGGCGACGUGCUCAUCCACACCUCCUUCGGCCAGGCCGAGUUGGCGGUGCGGGGCGAGGGCAGUGAGUGUCCGUACCGGCUGAAGCCGCUGGUGGGGAUCAAGGCGCCCAUGAAUGCCACGCUAACGCCAGAGAUCCACAUGUACAAUCCGCACGAACGGCCGCUGCAGAUACUCGAGAUAUACAGCAGCGGCGGCGAGUUCCAGUUGGAGCUGCCCAGCGGUGGCUCGGAGGGCCCACAAAAUCUGUGGGAGAUUCCGCCACACACGUUGAAGCCGGUCAUUAGGAUCUCCUUCCAUGGCCGCACUGCUGGCAAUCACAGCGCCUACAUACGCAUCAAGAUCGCCGAGCAGGAGCUGGAUCUUGGCCAGGAGAACGUCCUAGUCAUUCCCGUCGAGUUCGAGAUUCUGCCGCGGCACUCGCCCUACGCCCGCAAUCCGCUGGCGGACUUUGGCCGAGUGGCCACGUUAAACGCUCCGGAUGCCCUGCAGUUCAAGCUGGAUGUGCGGAACGAUGAGAGCCGCCUGCUCUUCGGCAGCUACCUGCGCCAGAUUCCCGGCCUCUCGUUCGACGCCAACAACACGAGCAUCGUGUUGGACGCCCGACUGUUCGAGGGUAGCGAGACCAUCAAUGAUCUGCUGGUGAUCAGCAGUAACCAGUCCAGCUCAGGUUCCAGUUCCAGUGCGGAGGCGAAUCAGCCAUUCACGGUGCUGGUGCGGGCGGAAAUCUUUCACGGAGGGCUCUCCUUCGACGGGAAUGUCACAAAGUUUGUGACCACUUCGCCGGAGGGCGGUGAGGGUGCACCGCUGGAGAGGAAGCGAUCGUUGGUGGUGCGCAACAACUUCGCCAUGCCCCUCACCCUGUUCAACGUGAGUCUCAGCAAACCGGUGGACGAAUCCAUUUUAGAGGUAACCCUAGUGGGCGAUCCCAGGAUACUGCUGCAGCCAGGUGAAUCCGUGGAGCUGCUGCGCCUAAAUCUUCUAAACGACCAGGUGCCGUUCCAAUCCUACCUGAGGAUUGAGACGAACGUCACGGUCUUUAAACUUCCCCUGGUCUCAUGCAGUGGACGCCUACACGUGUCCACGCAGCCAUUUGUGCUUAACAUUUCCCACGAGUCUUCCAAGGAGGAAGAGGCGUACAACCUGGAGCUCGAUCUGGGCACUGUGCCAUUCGCCGAGAUGUCGCGCGACGGAUUCGUGAUCCUGCGCAACGAUAACCCUGUGUCCGUGAAGAUAACCAACUGGUUCUUCAAGCACCCAAAGACCGUCUACUCGCAGAGCACCUUCCUGGGCUGUCGGUCCACGGAACACGAGGAGCUGGAGAACGAGAGCAGGCCCUGGCAUCUAUGCUCCGAGGUGGGCGCCGGCGAGAGUGCCGUAUUCAAGGUGGCCAUCCAGACGUACGAGGCGGAAGCCACGUUCGGAACCCUCAAGGUCUGGACGCCGCACGAGGUGAUCCGCGUGCGCGUCAAGUUCGAGGCCUCGGUGGGCCAGUUGGAGAUUGAGCAGGAGCAGCUCAACUUCAAGAACUGCUUUCCGGGCAAGAUGUGCACCGCCGUGCUGAGCAUCCGCUCCAGUUUCACGCACCCGGUGCACGUGAAGAGCAUAUCCUUCGCCCUGCCGGUGGGCCUGCGAUUCAAGGACUUCAACGCGAAGGGCACUACGAUUGCGCCGCAGACGCUGACCAAGGUGGGACGCAUCUACUUUGAGCCGGCGGCUGUGUGUCGCAAUCAGUGCUACAUCAAGGAAUCCACGAAUGAUCUAGCCAUUUUCCCCAGCGUCCCAGGCGGCGGCGGCGAUGGAAGCGGUGGCGUCAUCAACAAUAAUCUCCUCUAUGACGGAGUGGAGUUGCGGCAGCGCACGGAACUCUUCAGGCAGUUGCGCCGCCAAAUGUCAUCCAUGUCCCUCACACUACACAGCGAGGAGCUGCCGCCCCUGGAGCUGGACUUCGCCAUCACCAUCGAGUGGCCGAAGCUGGUGCAAUUCCAGCCGAUCCCGCCCACGCCGGCCAUAGAGGUUGGCCAGGUGCAGCGCCAAUGGAUCACGCUGACGAAUCCCUCCCAGCAUCCGCUGCUGCUCGACUACUUCCUGUCGGAUCCGGCUUUUGCGCGCCGUACCCAGCUGUCACUGCCGCACGAGGUGAUCGACGUGAGCUCCACGAGCUGCUAUCUCACGGACAGGGAGGUUUUCUCCCUGCCAGAGGCCGGGGAUCCCAUCCUGCUGCCCGGAGGCGCCAGUCUCAACAUCCCCAUCACGUUUAGUGCCCAGGCGCCGGAAAAGUACUGCACCCUGCUGCACGUGAGGAGCAACCUUACACUGUACGAGGCCGUGUGGCUGCAGGCCCGUGCCGUGCAAUCGCAGUUCCGUUUUGGGAACCGUCGGCCGGGAUCCGCCUCGCCGCUGCUCUUUGAGCUAGCCACCGAUCAGUUCCAGGGCUGCCAGGCCGGAAACGGAGCAGUGGUAGCCACUCGGAGCUUCACAGCCCGAAACUCUGGUGUUAUCCCCAUGAGGAUCGAAGGCUUCCUCAUUGGCUCGCUGCCGUGUGAGGACUUUGGCUUCAAAGUCAUGGACUGCGAGGGCUUUGAUCUGGCCGAGAAUGAGACCCGUAAGGUGGAGAUCGCCUUCAGCACGGACUUCACUGCCUCGCGGGUCAAGCGCUCGCUGACGCUGCUCACGAACCUCACCUACGACAUCAGCUACCAACUCCUGGCACAAAUGCCAGCGGAAAGUGUGGAACUGUGCGCCUCCCGUCUGGUGAGACCUGGCUGGGAGUCCUCCCUGAAGAACGCCGCUCUGGCAGUGCUCCUGGCCAGCUUUGGCCUGGUUCUGGUGGCGGCUGUCUUCGACGCGAAAGCCAUAAUGGCACAGCAGAGUGCCUACGAUGCGGCCAGGAACAAGGGACCACUGCAGCCCACGUUUAAUCUGCGGAAUAUUGUCAAGCUGCAGGCCGAGGAGGCGGCGGCCAAGGCGGAGGCAGUGCAGCAGCAGCAGCAGAAGGCCCGCAAUGGCCAGCUUAAGGAACUACGCAAGCGGAGUGUCCAAAACGCCACAACUAAGUCAAAGUCAAAGGCCUCCUCCUGGUCGCCAUGGAGCAUGGACAUUAAUGCGCUGAGCAAGCAUCUGCAUAAACCCAAACCAAAGACGCUGGUGAGCACUCCAGUCAGCACUCCUCCUGCAGCUGUUCCUCCACUGCCGGAACCAGCAAAGCCCGCAAAGAAGUCCUCAACGCCAUCGCCACCACAGCCAGUUCCCGUCCCAGUUCAAGUUCGGCCCCAGAAGAAGGUGAAACCAACAUCUGCCGUGGUCCUCGGGACAGCCAAACCCAAGCCGGAACCCUCGACACCUACUGUGGAGGUACACGACACGAAGCCUCAAGCCAAAUCGAGUCCACCGCAGCAGGAGAACAUAUCGCCCAAGCCCAACAAAGCACCUGAGCCGCGCGUUCUCAAGGAGCAGAAUGGAUCGGCCAAGAAAAUGGGCAAGACACCGGGAAGGGAGCGGGAGAGGGAGCGCCGAAAGGAUCCGAAGAUGACAAAUGGCUCGGGACCCGCGGGGGGAUUCAAGAAGCCGGAGCGGAAGCAGCGCCAGAAACUUAACUUUGGGCAGUCGGCAAACAGUGCCUCGCCACCAGCUUCGCCAGAGGCCCUCAAAUGCAUCAGCUCACCGUGGGAGACGAACAGCCGCGUCUCGUUCCGGGAUGCGCUGCAGACCAAGCCAGCUGAGAACGGCUUUGGCUGGAGCCAGGGAUCGUCUUCGAGUGACCUGGGACCCAUUGGUGACAGCCGCAAGACAGCCACCCCGCCGGCAGUGACUUCGCUGUGGGAGCCUCUUUCGGCCACGGCCAGUAAUUCGUUGUUUGCCAAUGCAGCAGAGGUGGAUUAUCCAACGGCAGAUGCCAUCUUUGAGCAACGGGAGCGGGAAAGGCAGCAGUGGGAGCGCAGCGAGUUGAUCAUGCAGCAGCAGCUACUCCUACAGCAGGCUCAGAGACUGGAGAUCCAGCAGAGGCAGCAGGAGAAGCUCUUGCUCUUGGCCAACAUGACGGAGCCGAGCAACUGGGCCACCAACUGGUCGCCUUUGGGAUACUCCACCUGGCCGGACGCAGCACCAUCCAGCAGCUUGGGUGUGAUGCGUCCUCCACCAGGACUGGAGCAGAAUGCACGCCAGACGCACACGCACAACCUUGCACAAGAACCGGAAGCAGCAACUGGAAAUGGAACUGGAACUGCAGCUAAUCCCGGCGAGAUUAGCGUACUGCCCACGCAGUACGAUCCCUUCACCUCGCCCAGCUCAAUUUGGUCCGACACUUGGCGCCAGUCCUCGCAGCGCAACAACCACAACAAUCACAUGAACUAGGGGAACGACGAGGAGGACGAGGAGCAAGCUCACUGAUCAAACCGAAUCAACCAAAUGAAAUUCUUACCACAUAGACACCUAGGAUACGCGACGACGAUGGAGGAACGCCGAGAAUGAUCUUUUCCAAUUUGACUUUUGACUAAUAAACGCAAAUGACUUUCA